AGAGCGGCAUGCCGGCCCUGACCAGCGUCAACCCACCCGUCUACACCCCCGUGCAGGUGUCCAACAACAACAGCAUCAUGGGCUCGCCGCUGCUGGACGAGCCGUGCCUGUUCUCGCCGAGCGGCGCCGGCCUGGCCAUGGGCGAGCACCAGUACAACCUGCACCAGGAGCUGCCCGACACCAAGGAGGGCAUUGAGGAGCUGUGCCCCGUCUGUGGCGACAAGGUGUCUGGCUACCACUACGGCCUGCUCACCUGCGAGUCGUGCAAGGGCUUCUUCAAACGGACCGUGCAGAACAAAAAGGCGUACACGUGCGUGGCAGACAAGAGCUGCCAGAUCGACAAGAUGCAGCGCAAGCGGUGUCCCUACUGCCGCUACCAGAAGUGCAUCUCUGUCGGGAUGAAGCUGGAAGCCGUGCGACAGGACCGGAUGCGAGGCGGCCGUAACAAGUUCGGCCCCAUGUACAAGCGUGACCGAGCGCGCAAGAUGCAGCACAUCCGGCAGCUGCAGCUGAUGAGUCCGCAGCGCGUCACGCUGCCGACGGUGGGCGCCGACGCCGUCACCAUCAGCUACGCCUCGCCGGCCACCUCGCUGCCCGUCACGUACGGCGGCGGCGGCAGCAUCACCAUCAAGCAGGAGAUCCAGUACCCGGUGCUGAGCUCGACGUCGGCCUCGUCGCCCGACUCGUCAUGCUCGCCGCUGCUGGGCGCCGCCGCCGCCACCGAGGCGUGGGCGGCCUCGCGCGCCAGUGACGUGCCCGCCAUUGUGCGCGAGCUGGUCAGCUCGCUGGACGACCGCCAGUGGCAGCAGCAGCUGUUCAGCCUGCUGCAGACGCAGACGUACAACCAGUGCGAGGUGGACCUGUUCGAACUGCUGUGCAAAGUGCUCGAUACCAACCUGUUCACGCAGGUCGACUGGGCCCGCAACUCAGUCUUCUUCAAGGAUUUGAGGGUGGAGGACCAGAUGAAGCUUCUGCAGGCCACGUGGUCGGUGAUGCUGAUCCUGGACCACAUCCACCAGCGGCUGCAUAAUAACCUGCCGGACAGCACGACGCUGCCCAACGGGCAGAAGUUUGACCUGCUGACGCUCAGCCUGUUCGGUAUGACCGAGCUGGUGCCGCAGCUGCACGACCUCACCGCGCGCCUGCAGCAACUCAGCUUCGACGUCAGCGACUACAUCUGCCUCAAGUUCAUCCUCAUGCUCGACCCCAACCUGCCCACGCUGAGCAAUCGGAGGCACGUGCAGCAGGCGCAAGAGCAGAUGAACCAGGCUCAUCUAGACUAUUGCAGUGCGGCUCAUCCGGACAUUCAGAACAAGCACCUGCGCCUGGUGGCGCUGCUGCCGGAGCUGCGCGAACUGGCGCACCGCGGCGAGGACUACCUCUACCAGAAGCACGACACCAACAGCGCCACCUCCCUGCUCAUCGAGAUGCUGCACGCCCGUCGAGUUCUGGGGAGAUCGCCAGCGCACUGAGUCAAGUCGGCGGCGGCCGAGUGGCGAGCCACGCUCUCCCUCAGCCCGGAUAUUACCAGUACAAACGCCGAGGCGCCGAGGCGCCCGAUGUCGGCGCCGCGCAGCGGCCGCUCCAUCAACUAGAGCCGCGCCGGCCGGCCACCAGGACGUGUUCAUUCUGUGUCGAGUGCGUGCUGUGGCGUCCCGCGAGCGUGUCCGAGUGUAUCUGCCGGCGAGCUAGAGACGUGCGAGCGGCCGUGACGGCCCUCCCACCCGCCCCGCCCGC